AUGAAACCGAAUAUUAUUACAUUUGGUAUAUCAUUGCUUUUACAAACUAGUCGCCUUUCCGGAUACCGCUGGUCGUUAGAAUUAUCAACUGCGUAUCUAAAUUUAUUUGACCGUUUACGACCGUCUUUUCCUUAUUUAUUAACAACUCCACCCUCCUCAUCAUUGUCAUCAUCAUCACCGCUACUGGAAGCUGUUAUUCAUCAAGAUAAAAUACAAUCAGAAACCUGCCUGCUACCUGAGGAUGUUUUAGCUUUAAAAGUAGCUCCAGAAUUAUAUCACUUAGCAUUUUUCUACAUUAUAUAUGUAGAAUUAUAUUUAGAAGAAUUAGAAUCUACCAGUCAUAAUUCAACGAAAUCAAAAGAAAAGAAUUCGAGACCGACUGAAAUACUAACACCAGUAUUCUCUGUGUUAAACGAUGUACUUGCAGGAUUUGGAGAAACGUCAUCAGAUUAUCCUAUUGUUAUGAGUCAUUUGUUAUGGAUGCAUUAUUUAAUGAGUUCACAACGUCGUGAUUAUGCAGAAAUGAAAGAGUGUGUACUCGCUCUAAAGAAGCUGAUUAUAGAACACAAGCUGGUUGUCGUUAGAUCAUAUAGUGUACAUCAUGGUGACUUAACAGUUGAUUACAUGAAUCAUUUAUUAAUAAAGUUAAAAGAUGUUUCAUCUUUCGAUCACCUGAUCCAAUUAUCAAAUGAAGGUCAACAUGAAGCUGUUGUAACGGAGCUAAUUAAAACAUUUCAGAUUCAACGUAAUAUAAAUUCAAAACAAUCUUCAUCCGACUCAUAUGAUCAUUAUCAAUCUAUCAUCAAACAACUGGAUUUAUGCUAUGGUUCAUUGAAACAUUUAAUCAUGAAUUUAACACUAAAUAAUGACAAAAUUGUUCGUAAUAAUAAUGAUAAUAAAAAUAACAAUUCUCCUUCUUGUGAAACUAAUCAUACUACCACUACUAUUAGUAGUAAUAAAGAUGAUAGUAGUAUGCAUACAAUAUCUUGUUUAGAUGUUCGCUCAUUAUAUUGUUAUUGUACUGUAGUCAUUGAGGAGUGUUUAAUUCUAUUGAAUAGAUUAAGUCAACAUGAACAAGUAAUCACUGAGGGAUCUGUUCGUAGUGUUGGAUCAAUUAUAAUCAAAGUAAUUAAAUUUUUAAAUAGGUGUUGGAUAUUAAUGGGUGAUGAGUAUAUAAAUGACGAUAAUCAGUCUUAUUCAAAUCAAUCAACUAUAAAAUUAAACACAUCAACUGAUAUAUCCUUAUAUGCUAAUUUAUCAUUAAAGUUAUUCACAUCUUAUGAUGAUAAUGAUGAUGAGGUAAUAAUUACCUUUGAUAAUAAAGAUAAUUAUGAUGGUUUUAAUAAAACGGUGAAGAAUAACAAUAACACAGAAAAUAAUCAAUUGAAUUCAUUCAACAGUCAUGAUGAUGACGAUGAUGAUGUGUCAGUACAUGAAAUGAAUAUAAAUAAAGUAACAUCGUGGUUAACAAUUUCUGAAGCAUGUCGAACGGUAACUGUCCUCAUUGAUUUAUUAAUAUGUAUUAUACGUACAUCGGUUAAUUUACUAUCGAAUUGGAAAAUGGAUUUUUAUUUACAAUUAACUUCUUUAAUAUAUGAACAUUUAUAUUGCAUAGAACAUAGUAUUCCUUGUUCAGCCUUACCAAUUGAAUUGCGUAUCUAUCGAUUUGAUGCAGAAUUAACAGUUGAUGAUAUACCAUUUGAAUUGAAAGUUAAUGCAUAUAGUGGAACGGUUAGUGCACCUCCAAGUAUCGCAUGCUUACAUUUAUUCCAUGAACUGUCUCUGGUGUUAUUUGCUUAUAAUCAAAUGUCCGGUGUAAAUAUUCCAUGUCGUGACUGUCCAGGUUUAUUGAAAUUAUUAAUACAGAUAGUGAUACGGAGUAGUAGACAACUACAAUUAUUAAGUGCAAAGUUUUAUUCACCUGAUAUACGUACAUAUCUAGAAACAGGUAAUCGUAGUGAUUAUCUAGCUGAUAAGAUUAUAUCAUGUAAUAAAAUUUCUACUGAAUGUUCAACUAUUCCUCAAACAAAUGAAGAAUUCAUAAACCCAGUUUCUCCGGAUGAUAAUACAAUAGCAUGUACAGAUGAUCUUCAGGAGAGUAUAACUUAUAAAUCUUGGCCAAUUGAUUGUGUUUGUUUAACUCAAAAAUCCGUCGAUAAUUAUGUUAAUUUUUUACCUGAAUGGAUUAAUACUUUAAAGAAUUUAUACACUUCUUCUGAUAUAUUUGAUCAUCCAUAUUUACAACAACCAAUACAGCAGAAUAGUUUGAAUAAACCUAAUUGGUGGAAUCCAGCCACGAUUGAUGAUCAACAAAGAUCACUAGAUUGGGAAUGUGUAAAGGUCAUUUUUUUGAUCUCUUAUCCUAGUCCCUUCCCAGAAUACGACAGUAUUAAAACACUUUCUGUAUCAACUGAGAUGUUGAAAUUUUUAUGUGAUGCAUCAAAACUCAUAUCAACUAGUGAAUCUAAGAAAAUUUUACCAAAAAGUGAAAUAGACAUGAUAAUUCAAUCAAAGGUGAAAGAUACUCAACAUUUACCAUCUGUUCCUAAAGGAUUAAGUUUUCUGACCAAAUCUAUGUACUAUUUAAUCGCUGAUCACUAUAUGAAAAAUAAUCAUUUUGAUCGUGCUGUGGAGUAUUACUUACAAGAUUUGUGUGUUUCUCCACAACGUGUAGAUACAUGGGCUUCAUUGGGUUUGAUUUAUUCAAGUGAAUUGGAACAAGUUUUAAAUUUGACUAAUCUUAAAACUGAACGAGUUUCUGCUGAAGCUGUUACACGUUGUUUACGUUGUUUUAAUGUUGCAUUACACUUACAACCUGAUACUGUCACAUUAUUAAUUGAACGUGGUUGCUUAGCCUAUCAAUUGCAUUCAUAUGGUGCUAGAAUUGUGAAAAAAUCAGAAUAUAGGAAUUUUCCAGAUGCUCACUUGAAUCUCUGUCGUAAAUGGCGUUAUCGAAUGUUACAAUUAGCCCGUUCAUCUUAUGAAAGUGUACUAAAUUUAUGCAAUAUUAUAAAACAUCAACAAACCACUACAACGACUAUUACACAAGAAAUAACAACAAAUGAUACAAUGAAUAAAAAUGAACAUUUAAUUACUAGAUUAGAAAGUCACUUGUCUGACAAUAGUAAUAAUACAAACAAAUUAGUUCAACAGAGUAAAGAAGAAGAAGAAGCAUGGUUAUGUCAUUAUAUGUUAGCGAAAUGCGCUGAGAAAGAUGUACAACUUAUGCAACAAUCUGGUGAUACACAUUCAUCAGUUUCAUCCAAGUCAUCCUCAUCUUCACGAUCUUGUUUAAUGCAUGUUCUACGUUUAUAUCAUGAAUCAUUGAAAGCGUUAGAUUUAGCUGGUGCAAAAUAUCCGAAAAAAAUUAUCGUUUAUAAUAAGAUACCUUUUAGAGCUGUCGAAGCAAUUGAAGUUUAUUACAGAAUUCAUGCAUUAUCUCUUAAAACAUUAUUAAAGCAUGGACCACCUACUACUACUACUGUUACUAAUCAAUCUUCACAAUCGACUUAUUCUAUUUAUCCAAUUAAUUUAAUAGAAUUAGACCAAUUUCUGACUAUGAUUGAUUUAUCUGAUUUUGUUACAAGUGCAAAAAAGCCAUGUCGUAGAACUCGUAAACGAACAGCCAAUAUGGCAGGAUUAUCUACUAAACACAAUCAACUUCAAAAAUCAACUAAUCAACUUGGAUCUUGUGAAAAUCACAACAAACAAAUAGGAACAAAUGAAACUAAUAUCAAAGAAUCUAGUGCAGAUAAAUUGGUUCAACCAUUAGAUAUUAAACUUUACCCAAAUACCAUUCCAUCACAAGAUGAGUUUAUUGAUCUCAUUUCACCUGAUCCACAUAUAGUAGUUGAUGAAGAGGAAUCUACAAACUUACUGGAACCAUCAUCAUCACGUUCAUCGAUUAACGAAUGUGUCAAUAAGCUAGGUUUAUGGAAAAAGUGUAUUGAUCGUUGCCGUUGUGCUUUAGAAUUGGUACUUCAAAGAUUACCACUUCAUUAUAAAGCAAUGUAUCGACUAGCCUCUCUAUAUUUGCAUGCUCCCCAUUUAAAAGAUCCUUGUAAAGCAUUGGAUAUAUUAUUAGGACCAACAGAUGAAUCUCAAAAACAUUUGGCAUCUACUCAUACUAACACUUUGAACGACAACAAUAAUGUUAACACUACAACUGCAUCUACUCAUUUGAAUAUUGGAGGUUUAUUCAAAGAUAGGAAGCAGAAUAACUUUUUCUAUGGUGUUUGGCGUAUUCCAACGGCUGAUAUUGAUCGAAGUGGUAAUUUUGCAGCUCAUAUGUACCGUUCAGUUUGUUUAACCCUAUCUCUACUUCAUGAUCAUGGUGAUUGGAGGCGUUUAGUGCAAAUAUUUCAUCAAUUAAGGAAACAACCUCCGGAAGAGAAGAGAGGAUUUCUUGGUGAAGGUGAUCGUGUUUAUUUAGCUAGACGUGCAUUCAAUCUGAUACAACCUACUUUGUUGAAUUGGCUAACCCAAUUAUCAUUAUCAUUAGCUAAUAAAAUUAGUGAACAAAUUUCAAAAGAUCAUACGUUUGUAUUUAGUUCUGAUAUUUCGUGUAUAACUUCACAAGGUUUUUUAACUAAUGAAAUUUUAACACAAAUCUAUCGACUUCAUUGUGUUUCAUAUUCACGUAAUUCUUCAUCUUCCUCGUGUUCUUCUUCUUCUACUACUACUAAUACUACUUCUGGUGUAUUAGAUUCCACGUUGAAUAGUCUAAAUUCAAGUCUUUAUUCCCCUACUACUACUAAUAAUGUAAGUAGUACGACCGCUAAUACAACGACUAUUUCUGGUACAUCUACUCUUCUUGAUGUAAAUACUACAUUAGCAGCUGAAAUAUCUGGUUAUGCAUCAGUUCUACAGUUAGCCUAUCGAUUAUGUCCAACAGUUUGGGAUUCUCGUGGACCGUUAGUUCCACUUGACUGGAUUCUACAGAGAUGCAGUGAGUUAGCUUCAUCAAGAUCCCAAAUUGGUUUGGCUGAUAGUUCCAGUAAAUAA